GGCCAUCUGUCAGUUUUCUUCGUGAUGAACGAUUUCUCUAUUUUAGAAAGGAAAAUAAAAUACUCUCAAGAAGAGCCUGUCCCUAAGCAAAGACCCAAGCUGUACUUUAAGGAAAAUUCCAGCGAUCAUCUCUGUUCACCCAUAAAUACAACUACAGAUCCUCCUGCAGGAGCGCGGCGGCCCACUAGAGCCAGAUCCAGGAUGGCUGGAGAAUCGGCGGAGAGCACAGCCUGGGACGCCCAGCCCACAGAGAACCACAUGGGGCCUCUGGUGGUGAAGACGGAAGCCGGAGAGGCCUCUGCCCCCGUGCGGGACGCCAGCCCCCAUCGGGGUCCUGAAGACUGCCGGCGCUUCCGGGGCUUCCGCUACCCUGAGGCCGAGGGGCCCCGCGAGGCGCUGCGCCGGCUCCGCGAGCUGUGCCGCCAGUGGCUGAGCCCGGAUAUACACAGCAAGGAGCAGAUCCUGGAGCUGCUGGUGCUGGAGCAGUUCCUGACCAUCCUGCCCGCCGAGCUCCAGGCCUGGGUGCGACAGCACCCGGAGAGCGGGGACGAGGUGGUGGUGCUCCUGGAGCACCUGCAGAGACAGCUGGAGGCGCCGACACCGCAGGUCCCAGGUGGUGGCCAGGGCCAAGGGCUUGUGUGUUGCGAGAUGGCAGCACUGACACCUUCCCGCGGAUCACGGAGUGCCCCGUUCCAGCCGGUGAGGGCUCUGCUCAAGCAUGAAUCUCUGGGAUCACGGGCCUUACCAGGCACAGUUCUCCAGGGUCCUGGGCUUGCCCCGGGAGGGCGCUGCAGAGGAGACGCAGUGGUGGCGGCCAGGCUGCCCCCAGAGCCCCAGGGCUUGCUGAAAACGGAAGACGUGGCCCUGGCUGUCUCCUCUGGCUGGGCGCAGCUGCAUUCCUCUCGGGGGAGCUUCCACGGAGACGAAGGGCGGGAGAACCCCGGCGGCCUGACCUCCCCGGGUGGUGAAACAGAGGCCGAGUUCCGGGCCCUGCCUGUGGACGAGGUCCGGCCAGUACAAGAGUCUGGGGGAAUACCACGCCCCCUGCGUGAAGACACUGCCCAGAUUCCCGAAGGCACUGAAGCUGGCGAACAGGAGGGCAGGUUCCCGAGAAAGCGGAAAACUGCCACAGGAAGUAGGAGGCACUACUGUCAUGAAUGCGGAAAGAGUUUUGCUCAGAGUUCGGGCCUGACUAAACACAGGAGAAUCCACACCGGGGAGAAACCCUAUGAAUGUGAAGACUGUGGCAAGACCUUCAUCGGGAGCUCUGCCCUCAUCAUCCAUCAGAGAGUCCACACUGGGGAGAAACCCUAUGAGUGUGAGGAAUGUGGCAAGGUGUUCAGUCACAGCUCAAACCUCAUCAAACACCAGAGAACCCACACUGGGGAGAAGCCCUACGAGUGUGAGGAGUGUGGGAAAACCUUCAGCCAGAGUUGCAGCCUCCUUGAACAUCACAAAAUCCACACAGGGGAGAAGCCGUACCAGUGCAACAUGUGUGGCAAAGCUUUUCGGCGGAAUUCACAUCUCCUCAGACACCAGAGGAUCCACGGCGAUCAAAAUGUGCAGGAUCGUGAAUGUGCAGAGACCUGGGAGAGUCAGGGGAGGGUGGAAAGCCGGUGGGAAAACGUUGAGGCUCCCGCGCCUCACACAUGUAACGAGUGUGACAGGAGUUUCACUCGGAGUAGAAGCCUUCUCGAACAUCAGAAAAUCCACACUGGUGAGAAACCCUAUCAGUGUGACACAUGUGGGAAAGGCUUCACCCGAACUUCAUACCUUGUUCAACACCGGAGGAGCCAUGUUGGAAAGAAAGUUCUAUCUCAGUGAGCCACGUCGUGCAUGCCAGAUUUGUUCAUUCCUCACAGAACUGGGCUGAGGCUCUACUGACCGCUACAUGCCAUCUUGUGUUGGAAGGCCGAGUCUGGAGGGAUGCAUUGUCUUCUACAUUCUAGAAGGUGGCUGGGAAACAGCUUGUUUGAUAGGAGGCUCUGGGAGAGUUGUCUGGAAGAGGUAGGAUAUGAAAUGAUUGUUCUCACCUACUGGACUGAAAUGGGCCUCCGGACUGGCUAACCACCUCCAGCCAGCACUUGACGUCUCCUGGCGAGAUGGCUCUGAUGUGGGGGCUGCUGCUGUGACUGUUCAUUUUCCAUAUAAUGGGUCCUCCACAGUCAGAUUUGUGACAUCUUAUGCCUCCCAGUGUGCCUUAAACACAGGUGGUAAUAAACAUUAAACGUAACACUGAAAUGACCUUCGUAGAUCUGCAUCACGAUACCAUCUCGAUUUGUGAGGGACUUCUCAUGAAACCUGGUGGAGCUUGUGUCUAAUUCGGAGGCUCUAGACUCUGAGUUAAUCUACUGCAUUUUUUGCCAAUCAGAGGAUUGGCAGUGGGGUGCGUGUGGGGUUACUGUGAUAGAAGGAAUCCAAUUUCUUGACCAGACUAGGAAUUUUCAUGUAAAUACCUCAAACAGUCUCUUCAUCAUUAAAUCACUGUGAAUGUGUGCCACUCUUGGGAUUCCAUUCUUUAAUAUCACUACUCUUUGCAGAGAAAAUAGUCCUAUGCGGACUGUAUGAAAAUUAAUCAAAUCAAAAUAAAAUGAUAAAUUCUCUAA